AUGUCCGACUCUUACAGAAAAGACUUUUCCGACAAAGCCGCCGAGAAGGUUAAGCCAGACAGCCAGAAGAGCUACGCCGAGCAGGGCAAGGAGUUCGUCACCGACCAGGCCGACAAGGUCGCCGGUAAGAUGCAGCCAGAGCAGGAGAAGGGCGCCUUCCAGGGCGUCAACGACGCUGCCCACAAGGGUAAGAGCGAGGCCACUGGCAAGUCUAUGACCGAGCAGGCCGGUGAGUACGUGGACGCCGCCAAGGCCAAGCUGAACGAUGCCGCUGAGUACGUCAGCUCGUCCUUGCACGGCGGUGAGAAGAACUAA